CGGCGCCUAUUCUGAAUUAGCUUCCGGGCGCACUUCUGGUCGGCUUCUCGAUACACUGCUACGUACUUAAUCCUGCCGUCGGCCUUCAUGCUGCGAUUCCCCUCAGCAACCCCCUCCUGCCCUUCAUGCGCUGGCGGCACAGUCUAGCCCUCCCUCUUUACGCGUCCAGCGUCGCGCUGGGAGUCUGCGCUAAUGAGCAGGUCCCAAUUAUCCCUCAUCCCGAAGUCGGGCAUGGAUCCCAACAUAUCAAGCCCUGGGAUGAGCCGCCUAGCAAGGAUGCAACGGGGAACCUCAUUUUCCAGUCUUUGGCAUCACUGCUUCAGUUGGCUCCGAACUCUAGGUACAUCAAUGGGCAUUCCAUCAUGCGUGCCAGCAUCCCUCCAGGUACGCUCCUCUAUCACGGGCGCCAUUUGAGGGAGCCGCCUGCGAGAGAUUGGCUCGCAUUGGACCCGGAGCAUUCGCACGUCUUCGCGGCAGGCGCGAACGGCACUCUCUUCACCUACAGUACUGCGCGCGAGAUCAAUCUACUUUUCUUCGACGGCGCCAGCGGUAACAAAUUCGGAGGAACCGUAGACACACAAGACGUCCUGUUCUGGGGCGAAGUCGACUACGACCCUCACGACGAGUGGUUCGCCGAAGUGGCUCGCUUUCAAAGGAUGUGUGAGUGGGGAAAGCAGUACGGGAUUGACGGGAUUGCUAGGAUGCAGCUUGACUUCGAGAUCAUGUACUGCAACAUCCCAGAAGGGCUGGAACUGGUCUCUGCCGUACCGCUGGUCGCCAACGAUGGUUUCACAUUCCCCCCUGUUAUUCCCAACAACGCCACAAACUUGAAUGACCUCACGCAGAUGCUACCUCCGAUAAAGGUUCCUGUACCAAAACGCGAGCCCAUGAGGCCGCCGGAAGGGUGGAAGGGUAGUUUACCUACCACCUUCCCCGAGGUAAGGCACGUGGGCACCUGGCACAACCAGGGCGAGGUACGCAUCCGAGUCGACCCCUCUACUAUGGUCUCCUUCUACGACCCGACCCUCACAUCGCUCGUCGAAGCACGCCGCUCGCACAGGCGCAUCGAGUAUCGGCUCGAAGGUAUAUCGAAGGAGGAUGUCGCACGCGUACAAGCGGACGUCGCGGAGAUGAUGAGUCGGGAUCCAACAGCGAAGAGUGGCGUGGAUUGGCAAGCACUUGCGCGUGCAAUCCAGGACCGGUUUUUCGACCGGUUGCCAUACGUACUCCACCUCCUGCAUCAGCCUUUCAGCAGUGCGUUCUUGCAAGCAGUGACUCUCCGCAGAGAGCUCUUUGUGUCGCUGCUGCCUUACAUGCACCGCGAGCGCAUCGGCACGCCGGAGUGGUACGCGCAGAUAGCCGAAGGGUGCGCGACGCGCUACACUGCGCAUCUUCCGGUGUCGAGGUUCACGAAGCAGGAGCACAUCUUGUAUGACGCCACGAAAGAGGUGCUGCAUGAGAUCUGCCGCGUGUAUACCGAGGCCUGGAGGGACGCGUUUGACAUCGAGGAGCGACAGGCAGAGCAGGCUGUAGGCCUCUUCACCAAAUGGAAAAGAGAGUUCGAUGCGCUGGCCCAGUGGCUCGACUGGCCAGUAUGGAUGAAGUGCGAGCCUGCUUGUGGCGUGGGUGAAUAUUGUUUCUGGCCGCAAGGUGCAAUCUGGGAGUCAGAACCUGGCCGCGAGCCUCACUGCUUGCCUAUGAACACGGACAUCUUGUGAUUUUAAUGCAGAUGACUCGCGGUUGGGAGCGACGCCCCAUGUACUCUAGACUUGCUUGAGCUUAUGCAUGAUAUAUAGACCGGAUGUCCUGGUUUUCCAGUCAUCACGAUGAUGUCCACCA